UUAAUUAACUGUGAUGUGUGAGUAUGAGAAACAACACACAAUGUCUGGAUAUGUCCUUAUGUGUUGGGAUGGAGCUGAGGGUUAUAUGAAGAUGCUUGUCCAUCUUAUUAAGGUCAUAUUUUGUUAGAAAUCACAAUUUUAAGUUAUUACCAUCACCCUCCUUGGUCUCUGUUCAGCAGACUGGCCCUGAGGUGUCUUAAAACACCCUCAUCCAGGAGAAAUCACUGCUCUGGUCUUCCCCCUCCUGCUGCACAGGCACAGCUUGCUCAGCAAGAAGGGAUUUUAUUAGGAAGAAGUGGCUGUAGUGAUGGAAGGGGAAGCAAUCCACUGUGGGACAGUGGAGAGAGCCACUAAUUGGGUUUUCCUUCAUUAUCAGUGUGUGCAGGGAUGCAUGUGCAGCUUUGUGCUGCUGUCCAGCUCGAGGGGCUGGGAUUUGGGAUGGUGAUCACCAGGAUCCAGGGCCCCACAUCCCCCAGCUGUGCUUUCAGAUUUGUUGUUUUUAAGCUUGACCUUUGCGUUUUCAAGAAACUCCCUCCUGUGUUGCAAUCCAAAGCUUUUAGGGCUGCUGUGGUGCCGUGGAAGCAAAAGUGCUUUGUGCUAAGUGGGUCUUAAAAAACAAACCCCAGAGCAGCCAGCUCUUAUUUUUUUUCAUUCUGUUAAUUUUCAUCCCAGUGAAACAAUUGGACAGGAUAUAGCUUUGAUUUAUUUUUUUUAAAGCUGAUGGUAAGAUGCUAUUUUGUGGAAACAGCAAGUCAAAACAGAUUUUGGCCAUAGUCUUCAUCAUCCCUCUCUGAUCAUGGUGGAGUAUGAUCUGUGGCUCAAAACUGUUCUGUUUUUCCUUCUUCUGAAAUCCUGUUUUAGAAUAAAGCACAUGUGGUUUUUUUCAUCUUUUUUCUUUUUUUUUCUUUUUGUCCCCUCUCCUCUUACCAGGUAUUUCCCUGCAGUGUCUCCAGGCCUGGACUCUCCCUGCACCUUCAAACCUUCUCCAAGGAUUGCAUGGUGGCAAGGAACCAUUGGAAAAAGUCUGUGUUCAAUGGAAAACGUGGCUUUUCUGGCACCUUGGCUGCUUAUGUGGUGACAUUUGGGAGCACAGUGCUCCAGCAGUUUGUCCAGAAACCCCCUCAGUUCCUUAGAUUCUUGCUGUCUAAGGAGACCAUGACCACUGAUGAGGCCACCAAGAGUGAAGGGGAGGUGCAGACAGUGGCUCUGGCUGAGCGUGGGGAAGACAUCACACCGUCCAAGGACCGAGGGGUUCUGAAGAUAAUUAAGAGGCCUGGGAGUGAGGAUGAGUUUCCCAUGAUCGGAGACAAGGUUUAUGUGCACUACAAGGGAAAACUAGCCAACGGGAAAAAAUUUGACUCCAGCCGCGAUCGGAAUGAGCCUUUCAUCUUCAGCUUGGGCAAGGGUCAGGUAAUCAAGGCAUGGGACAUUGGGGUGGCCACCAUGAAGAAGGGAGAGAUCUGCUACUUGCUCUGCAAACCUGAGUACGCGUACGGCUCUGCUGGGAGUGCCCCCAAAAUCCCCUCCAAUGCCACCCUGUUUUUCGAGGUCGAGCUGCUUGACUUCAAAGGUGAGGACUUGUUUGAGGAUGGAGGAAUAAUCCGGAGGAUCAAGAGGAAGGGAGAAGGUUACUCCAACCCCAAUGAAGGUGCUACCGUGGAGAUUCACCUGGAGGGAUUCUGUGGCGGCCGCAGAUUCGACUGCAAGGAUGUGAAAUUUGUCGUGGGUGAAGGGGAGGACCAUGACAUCCCCAUCGGCAUUGACAAGGCCCUGGAGAAGAUGCAGAGGGGAGAGCACUGCAUUCUCUACCUCAGCCCACGGUACGGCUUUGGCGAGGCUGGGAAGCCGAAAUACGGCAUCCAGGGGAAUGCGAAGCUGGUGUACGAGGUGACCCUGAAGAGUUUUGAGAAGGCCAAGGAGUCGUGGGAGAUGGACACCAAAGAGAAGCUGGAGCAGGCAGCUGUGGUCAAGGAGAAGGGCACAAUGUACUUCAAGGAAGGCAAGUACCUGCAGGCAGUGAUUCAGUAUGGGAAGAUUGUAUCCUGGCUGGAAAUGGAGUAUGGCUUGUCUGAAAAGGAGUCUAAAGCCUCUGAUUCCUUCCUGCUGGCUGCCUUCCUCAACCUGGCCAUGUGCUACCUGAAGCUGCGAGAGUACGCCAAGGCUGUCGAGUGCUGUGACAAGGCUCUGGGGUUGGACCAGGACAAUGAAAAAGGCCUGUACAGGAGGGGUGAAGCCAGGUUAUUGAUGAACGAGUUCGAGCUGGCCAAAUGUGACUUUCAAAAAGUGCUGGAAGUGAAUCCACAGAACAAAGCAGCGAAAUCCCAGAUCUCUGUGUGCCAGAAGAAAACAAAGGAGCACAACGAGCGGGACCGGAGGAUCUACGCCAACAUGUUCACAAAGUUUGCAGAAAGGGAUGCAAAGGAAGCAGCCAGCAAAACUGGUGUGGAAAAAACAGCGGAGAAGGCGGCUUGUGAAAAACGACCGAAAACUGAUGCUGAAGGUGAAGAGGCUGAAGGACACGUAUGAUGGAGGAGGAGGGGAUGGGAGAGCCUUGUGCCCUCGGCCCACACUGAAAAGGUUGCUGCCAAACCUUGGGACUUGCCAGUGUUUUCUUGUAAAGCUUGUUACAGUCUGUGUGAUCGUGGAAGCAAAAAGCACCUCGCAAAGAAAAGUGACCCCGUCCCACCGUCCUGGGUGCACUGGGGGCAGAGCAGGAGCGGCAGGACACAUGGGACCACUGCACGUGGAACAAAUAGCAUUUAAACAGCAGGAAAAAGAAAAAAAAAUAUUAUAAUGAUAAAUUAAAACUCUUGGCUCCUUGGAGGUUUCCGUAGACAGCUUGUUCCAGCUCCCUAGGCUUUGUGUCCACUCUCAGCACAGCAUCCUGUGAGAGGAGCUGGGAUGUGGGACAUGCUCCUUGUGCACUGCAGUGCUGCCUCUGGCUGUCCCAGGGAUUGGCUUUGCCUCCUGUGGCCAAAGGGGUGGCAGGGCAGAGCCAGGAUGAGAACCCACACGGCCUCUGCUGCAGCCCCUGCGUGCAUCAGUCUUUAAAGCACUGUUUGGGGAGGGGAGGCCACACAGAUUUUACAUUCUGAAGGAGCUGGUUAGUGUGUCUUUAGAGAGCAAAAGCCUGUCCAGCUUUGCAGGUGCCCAACCCACAGCCUGCACCCCAUCCCUUGGCUCCUGACUUUAAAAGUUUUAUUGCUUUUAUUGGGAUCUGUAUGUGGGGAAAAUAAAGGAGCAGGUUGACAUGUGGUUCAGAAA